AUGAAGACGUCAGUCUCGGUCCUGUAUCCCAACGAGCAGGUCUCACAAAAUGUGACGACCUACUCGGAGAACAGCUCUACGCCGCUACCGGCGCACAUCGUUGCCUACCAUGACCACAUCGACACCACGCAGCCCGAGACGUCGAUGCUCAUGAUUAGCAACUUCCAGGCCCAGAACCACAUUUGGCUUGCCAAGUUGAUCGGUGCCAAGAGAGUCCUCGAAAUCGGAGUCUAUGUAGGCUACUCCGGUAUGGUCUGGUCCCACGCCGUCGGUCCCAAUGGCACCGUCACCGGCCUUGAGUUCGACGAAAAGUACGCAAAGCAAGCUCAGGAAGCCUGGGCCGCCAACGGUAUUCAGAAUGCGUCCGUUAUCGUCGGUGACGCACUCGAGACUCUCCCCAACCUUCAACCUGAGGAACCCUACGACCUAAUCUUCAUCGAUGCCCAGAAGUCGGGCUACCCUUCUUACCUCUCCACCAUCUUGUCCUCCUCCCCUACUUCGGGAGGUAAGAGGCUACUGAGAGCAGGUGGCCUGAUCGUUGCGGAUAAUGUUCUCCGCAGGGGCAUCGUCGCGGACGACUCGGACGGUAACCCGUGGGUGCAGCGCGAGAAGAGCCAGAGGGCUGCGUACUGGCGUUCCGAGGACGUUGACAAGCUGCGCGAGUUCAACAAGAUGGUCAGGGACGAGGAGAGGUUGGAUAGCUGGUUGAUGCCGCUAUAUGACGGCGUUCACCUGGCGAGACUCGUGGACUAA